CGCGACGCACAGCUGUCAAACACAAACGAAGCGUCCGGAAAAGUGGACGUGCUUGCAAAACAAAACUAAUUCCGCCGUAUUUCAUUGAGAAAAUACAAAUAUGGGCCACGAUACAGAGUCAGAUGGGUCAGGCUCGGAGUCUGGUUCGAGUCGUGGUAGCCCGAGCCGAAGUCGCAGUAACAGCAGAAGCCGGAGUCGAAGCGGAACACCGCAAGUAGCGCCUACACCGGGUUUUUCCCUGGAGCAUCAUGAUUCUCCAUCCAACUCGCCCCCUCAGCGUUCACGUUCUGGUACACCGACGCAGAACAGAAGUCGAUCGAAUUCGGCCGGUUCACAGCGUUCCCGGUCCGGUUCCGGUGCCCGGUCACGUUCCGGAAGCCGGUCGGCCACUCCGGGCAGUGCACAGAAACGGCAUAGUCGAUCGCGCAGCGGUUCUGGUUCGCCUGCCGGUUCGCACCGGUCUGGUUCCGGUUCGAGACACUCGCGGUCUCGCUCUCGCUCCCGCUCGCAGGGCUCUGGCAGUGGCCGUUCACGCAGCGGCACACCACAAAAUCGUUCCGGCAGUGGAACACCAGUCAACAGAUCCCGGAGCGGCACACCUGCAUCCGGUUCGCCUGGUUCCCCUGCGCGUAAAUCCCGCUCACGUUCCCGUUCGGCUCGUUCCGGUUCAGCACGCAGUCGUUCCGGAUCGGUACAGUCACCGGUGAAUGAAAAGCGAAAGCGUGCGGUGCUCAGCGAUUCGGAUUCCGAUGAGGGUGCAAAAAUGGAGGCGAAAAAGAAAAACAAACUCAUCGACACAGAUUCGGACGAAGAGGCAGGACCGGUGAAGGAUAGUGGUGCGAAGGGCAAAGAUGUCACUGCCGAUGCACUGUUUGGUGACGCUGAUGAUAUCAGCUCGGACGAGGGCGCCGGGGGAGAGUCCGGUCGGGAGCGGGACGAAUUGGACGACCUGGAAGACGAACAGCGCAAGGAGGAACAAUCUAGAAAUCGCUCUAGAUCACGUAGCCGUAGCCGCAGUAGAAGCCGGGACAGCGAUCGCCGGUCAUCGGACGAGGAAGGCAAUCGGGACCGGCUGGCCCGCUGGGAGGAACCGAAAGAGCCGGAACCGGAACCGGAACCAAUCCCCGAGACCCGCAUCGAUGUGGAGAUUCCACGUAUCGUGACCGAUCUGGGGCGAGACAUUCACUUCGUCAAGCUGCCCAACUUCUUGUCCGUCGAGACGCGCCCGUUCGAUGUGGACACGUACGAGGAUGAAAUCGACGAGGAGGAAACGCUCGACGAGGAAGGUCGGCAGCGGUUGAAGCUGAAGGUGGAGAACACAAUCCGCUGGAGGAACAAUUUCGACCGGCAGGGCAAUGCGCUGCGCGAAACGAACGCUCGGUUUGUGAAGUGGUCCGAUGGCAGCAUGAGUUUGCACCUUGGGUCGGAAAUUUUCGACGUGUACAAACAGCCGCUGCAGGGUGACCACAACCAUCUGUUCAUCCGACAGGGUACGGGUUUGCAGGGCCAGUCCGUGUUCCGCACCAAGCUUACCUUCCGGCCGCACUCGACCGAAUCGUUCACCCAUCAGAAGAUGCUCAUCUCGUUGGCCGAUCGGUCGCAGAAAACGUCCGGCAUCAAGAUCCUCACGCAGGUCGGGUUCGAUCCCGACGCGGACCGCAAACAGAACCUCAAGAAGGAGGAGGAAAAGCUGCGCAUGGCGAUGCGGGCGAAGCAAACCUCUUCCUCGAAGCCGAAGCGAGGCCGGGACUCGGGCGCUGGAAUCGCUGGGAAUGCGUACCACCACGACGAAGGUUCGGAUGACGAGGGCGGCAUAUCGAUUGCCGCUAUCAAGAACAAAUUUAAGGGUGACAAGGGGAAAGGAAGCGGUGCGAAAGGAAAUGCGGGCAUCUACUCGUCGGACGAGGAGGGCUCGGACGUGGAGACGGGCCGACGCAAGAAGAACAUUGACAAGAAGAAGGCGCUCAAAUCGUUGGCCGACUCGGACGACAGUGAGGCCGGGUCAGGCUCGGAGGGUUCGCGCGGAACGCGGUCACGAUCCAAUUCCGGGUCCGGAUCGGGGUCGGGCGAUGAAGGGUCGGGUAGCGAGAAGAGCGCCGAGGGCGGAAAUCGUUCCGAAGGGGACAGUGACGAGUAGGUAUGAUAGGGAUUGCUGUACAUUUCUAUUGAAACUUUAUUUACCAUAACUGAUACAAAAAAAAGAAAUAAAAUUAACAUUUAGUUUUACCAGUUAA